AUGAUAUCUAGAUUGAGAGAUUUUGUGAGGAUGAAUCCUCCUAUCUUUCUUCGAUCAAAGGUGGGAGAAGAUCCCCAAGAGUUCCUAGAUGGUGUAUACAAGGUGUUGACUGACAUGGGGGUUACUUCUUCGGAGAAGGCAAAGAUUGCUAGAAACUUGAAGAGGAGUGGUUCUAGUGAUCAAGGUCAACCUAGGUUCAAAAAGAGGGCUCAAACCCAAGAUGGACCUAAUGCUCCUAAGGUCAAACUUGAGAAUGGAAAUGGUUCUCAAAAAGCAAAGCCUACUUGUGCUACUUGUGGAAAGAAGAAAUAUGGGGAGUGUUUACGGGGUACCGACAGUGAUUUUGGAUGUGGUAAAGAUGGACACAAAGUGAGGGAUAGUCCUACUAGAGAUGGUAAGCAAGUUGCUCCUAAUGUUCCAAAGAAUGAUGGUCCAAAUAAGAGGUGUUUCUAUGCACUCCAUCUAAGUUGGGGAGUGUCGUGA